AUGAGUGAAUUUGAUGCUAUUGUUGGAGAUCUCAAUAGGUUAACCCUAGAUCCUAGCAUUCGAACGCAGAUUGAGACUAUCAAGACAUUAUCCCUUGCGGAACUCUUCGCACUUAAGAAGACGGUGGAGGAUGAGCUUGGAAGGCUCUUUGAUCUCCUGCAGAACACCCACAAGUGUGAUCUCACAAACCCGCUGGUGACACCCGAUGGAUUCCCACGUUCCGAUGUUGACAUUGUCCAGGUCCGUAUCCUACGGCGUAAUAUUAACAUGCUGCGAAAUGAUCUGAAGGCCAUUAUCGACCACUGCAACAAUGUUAUGAGCCCUGAGUUUCAAAGUAAACGCGCCGAGCAGCCAGCUUCUCGGCAUGGUGUGUCUUAUGAGCUCAAGAUUCCAUUUGCUGUCGUUACGGAAUUAACAGUUGACAGUCCGUCAUCUCGCGCGGGUAUCUUAGUGGGUGAUAAAAUAGUCAAGGUAGGUAAUAUCCACGCUGGCAACCAUCAAAAACUCUCCGCUGUUGGUAUGACGGUCAGACAGAGUAAAGACAAACAGUUGUCUAUCAGAGUUUUGCGGAAGGAUGGUGCCUUCUACGAUUUAACUCUUACCCCAUCAGAAUGGGCUGGUCCUGGUUUACUAGGUUGCAGGCUUUCAGAACUAUAG